CAGGUCAACACCACGGGCUAUGGUCGAAACGCUGUGUCUUUAUUUUCUAUUUCACAACGUUCAACUCCAAUGCGCACCCAUAAAUAUCUCUUAUGUAACUAAGGACUCGUAUCUUCAGAUAAAAGACCGAGCCUGUUUCAUAUUCUGCGUGGAGAAGAUGUCCAAGUUUUCUGCGUUGUUUUGUUUUAUCAUACUGGUAAUUUCUGGGUGUGCCUGUAUUGACUCGGCAAUGGGGGGAGAGAUUGGGAUAUACGAGCUCAAGAAAGGAAAUCUCAGCAUGAAGCUUACCAAUUAUGGUGCCCGUAUCAUCUCCCUUGUUCUCCCUGAUAAAAAUGGAAAGCUAGGUGAUGUUGCUCUUGGCUUUGAUACUAUUGAGGAAUUCAUGAAUGCUUCAUCACCCUUUGGGGCCACUGUGGGACGGGUUGCCAAUAGAAUCUCUAAUGCUCAGUUUACCUUGAAUGGAACUGUUUACAAACUACCUGCAAAUUCAGGGAAUAACACGAUUCAUGGAGGGCCUAUAGGAUUCAGUAAGGUUGUUUGGAAAGUGAAAAAGUACAGCCCCGAUGGUCUUGUUCCUUACAUUGUCUUUGCUUAUCACAGCUUUGAUGGUGAACAAGGAUUCCCUGGUGAUCUCCUUGUAAAAACAAGCUACACGCUACUUGGAGACAACCAACUGUGUAUAACAAUGGAAGCAAAAGCUAGAAACAAGGCCACGCCGGUUAAUCUAGUAAACCAUGCCUUUUGGAACCUUGGUGGCCACAAUAGUGGCGAUAUCUUGUCAGAAAAAAUUCAGAUUUUUGCUUCGCGUUACACUCCUGUUGACAGCAAGCUCAUUCCUACAGGAAAGAUUGUGACGGUGAAAGAAACACCCUAUGAUUUUCUCAAGCCUAACACCAUUGGCAGCAGGAUCAACGAACUCCCUAAGGGCUAUGACAUCAACUACGCACUUGAUGGAAGUGGAAACAAGAAGUUGAGGAAAGCAGCAAUUGUGCAUGACGAGAAGUCUGGAAGAGCAAUGGAGAUAUUAACCAAUCAACCUGGUGUGCAGUUCUUUACUAGCAACUCUUUGAACGUGAAGGGAAAAGGUGGUUUUAUGUAUAAACGCCAUGGAGCUCUAUGUCUAGAGACUCAAGGAUUUCCUGAUUCUGUUAACCAUCCCAACUUCCCUUCACAGAUUGUGAAUCCAGGGAAGCCCUACAAGCAUUACAUGUUGUUCAAGUUCUCUACUUUCUAGAUAAUUUUCACGAAAAAAACACGAGUACAUUAUGUACUUGUUUCGAGACUGCUUUUUCGGUAGUUUCAAAGUCGGAGGAGGUCGUUUCUUCUUUCUGUUGUCUUAUGCAAUAUAUUGCUCUAGAAAAUGAAUGAAUAAUCGCUGAAUUUGCUCGUAACGGACAAUUAUUUAUUUUUGUAGGCC